GGGGCAGGCGGCCUCGGCCGCGGCGCGCCUGGUAAGGCGAGGCGAAAGGCGAGCCGACCUGGAGCCGGCCGUUGGCGGAGCAGCCAGUCGCGUGCAGACUCGAGGACCAACUAGACGCCUGCGGCGGGCACUUUCGUUGUACGAGAAGUAAGCAGAAACAACCAGCAACAUGGACGCGAUCAAGAAGAAGAUGCAGGCGAUGAAGCUCGAGAAGGACAACGCGCUCGAUCGCGCCCUUCUCUGCGAGCAGCAGGCCAGGGAUGCCAACCUGCGAGCCGAAAAGGCAGAAAGUGAGGUUGCUGCCCUAAACCGCCGAAUCCAACUGCUGGAGGAGGACCUGGAGCGCUCAGAAGAGCGCCUGGCCACUGCUACAGCAAAACUAGCAGAAGCCUCGCAAGCUGCUGAUGAAUCUGAACGAGCUCGUAAGAUUCUUGAGAAUCGCAGCUUGGCUGAUGAGGAGCGCAUGGACGCUCUAGAAAACCAACUGAAGGAGGCCAGGUUCCUGGCAGAAGAAGCCGACAAGAAGUAUGAUGAGGUUGCUCGUAAGUUGGCCAUGGUGGAAGCUGACUUGGAAAGAGCAGAAGAGCGUGCAGAAGCUGGGGAAUCCAAAAUUGUGGAACUGGAAGAGGAGCUCCGUGUUGUUGGCAAUAACCUGAAAUCCCUUGAGGUUUCAGAAGAGAAGGCAAACCAGCGUGAGGAGGAGUAUAAGCAACAGAUUAAGAACCUGAACAACAGGCUAAAGGAGGCUGAAGCCAGAGCUGAGUUUGCUGAAAGGUCAGUGCAGAAGUUGCAGAAGGAGGUCGACAGGCUUGAGGAUGAGCUGGUGAUAGAGAAGGAGAAAUACAAGAUAAUUGGUGACGAUUUGGAUUCUGCCUUCGUAGAAUUAAUCUUAUGAACAAUUAAUGACAGGCAGUGUUGGGCGGUUUCGGUGUGUGCCAUCAAUACUGUACUGCUACUGCUACUUCACAAAAUCACCAUUUACAUCACACAGUCUAUGGCUGCCUGCAUCCAGAAAUUGCUUUGUAUUUUAGAAUCAUUCUAACCCAUUAUCCUAGAACAGUGAAUGACACAGUUUUAUGUACUAGUGUUCCUACGAACAGAAUUAGAAGUAAAGCCUCUAUCAAACAAGAUGAUUAUUAUUUUUGUAAUCUAGAAGUUUUUGGAUUCCUUUUAAACUUUUUAUUUUUGAAACUAUUCUUGUAUUGUAACUUCAGUUGUAACAUUUUUUAUGCAUUAUUGUUUCAUAACUUUGUGUGUCUCGAGAGUUUAAAAAGGUAGGGACAACAUGGACUAUUGUCACAAAUUGGAGAACUGUAUAUUGAAUGCCUGUAUAAUGUACAUUUGUAAAUUUCAAUGCUUGCAUCAUCUGUUAGUCAAUCAUUGAACUAGCAUUUUUUCCCCAUUUUUGUCCUGUUUUGAAAUUAGGACUAGUUUGGUAGAGGACACGUAAAAUGAAAUGGCUUCUUGGUUAACUGGUUACCAGUAUCAGCCUGCUAGUAGUUCCAGUUGCUUUUCCUAUGUAGUGCUUUUGCAAGCUUUGUUUUGUAAUGAAGCACUGCUUUGUAGUCAGUACUGAUAAAGGAAAAAUGACAAAUUUUGCUGUGCCAUAUUAGAAUCCAUUGGCAAAUGCAAUGUUCAUUGCUAAAGGAAUAUUUUCUCUUAUUUCUUUGAUAUCUAUUCUGUUGUCAAUUUCUUUGCAGAUGAGUUGGUACACGAGAAGGAGAAGUACAAGUACAUAUGUGAUGACCUUGACAUGACAUUCACCGAACUUAUUGGCCACUAGGAAACUGUUUAAAUACUGUUUUUCAAGAUAUGUUAGCUGAGAUGGGUUCACAGCUUUCAGUAAAUUUUUCUGUCCAGAACUUGCCUACAGAACUAGGUUGUGUAAAGUUUUAAGUGUGCCAGGAAACAAAGGUCUUAAAGUGUGCCAGAAAACAUCUUUGUAGGUGAAGAACUUUUCACGUCAGGCCAUUGUCAGCAAAACCAACUUGUGUUGUAAUUUUUACUCAUCAUUAAAAUCUUUCUUCAUUGAGUUGGAAGGCAGCCUGUCAGUCAUUAGUAUGGGGAAACCAGUCUCUGAUAUUACUGCUUACUUCUUUACUGCCACAGGGAUGUCACAUUUAUCCAGAUUUCUAUACUAAUGGCUGUUUUUAAUCUUUUAAACAAUGUGUGGACCCAUCCUUCAGGUCAAGUUGCAGUCUGUACAAGGAUGAAAUAAAAAUAUUACUAUUUAAAGUUUA